UCCUGCUUUCCAAGCCGAAGCUGAAGCUGAAGCUGCUCGCCCUCCCUCACCAUGGCUGCCGACUUCGACCCCUCCACAUUGACGGCCGACCAGCUGCCCGAGCUGCUCAAAAAUGACCUCGCCGUCAAAGUCGCCGGCAUUGACGUCGAUGGCAUGCUGCGCGGAAAGCUCAUGGCCAAGAAAAAGUUCCUCAGUAUAGCCUCCGAGGGCUUUGGUUUCUGCAGUGUCGUCUUUGGCUGGGACAUGCAUGACAAGACAUACUUCCGCGAGCUGGCCAUAUCAAACAAGGAGAAUGGCUACCGCGACUUGGUAGCCAUCCCGGAUCUUUCGUCGUUUAGGAGGAUACCGUGGGAGGACAAUGUGCCCUUCUUCCUCGUCAGCUUCUACGACCCCGACACCAAGGCCUCGCUCAGCGCAUGCCCAAGAAGCCUGCUGAAACGCGCCGUCGACAAGCUCAAGGAGAAUGGCUAUGGUGCCAUGGCUGGAGCCGAGUACGAGUUCUACCAGUUCCGCGCGCCACAGAGCCACGACGGAUCGGAAAAGAACACCUCGAGUACAGCUUCCUUUUUGCGCGACAAUCCAGUCGAUGCCCUGCCCAGCCUGACAGAGGGCAUGUUUGGAUACAGCAUCACGCGACCAGUCCACAACCAAGAGUACUACUAUGGCAUCUUCAACGCAUGCGCCCAGUUCGGCUGCGGCAUUGAGGGAUGGCACACCGAGUCUGGCCCUGGUGUCUUUGAAGCUGCCCUCGAGUUUGGUGAUAUCCAGUCAAUGGCAGACAAGGCCUCGCUCUUCAAGCUUGUCGUCAAGUCUCUCGGUUCCAAGUUCGGCAUUACCCCGUGCUUCAUGGCGAAACCGCGCGAGGGUCUUCCUGGCAACAGCGGACACAUGCACGUUUCGAUUGUGGACAAAGAGGGCAAGAACUUGUUCUACCGCGGCGAGGAGGACAAGAACGCCCCGUACCCAGACAUCCGACACCUAUCAGACCUGGGCCGGCAUUUCCUGGCAGGUCUCAUCGACGGUCUACCAGACAUCAUGCCCAUCCUUGCUCCCAAUGUCAACAGCUACAAGAGGCUAGUAGAGAAUUUCUGGGCCCCAGUCACCGUAUCAUGGGGGCUUGAGCAUCGCGCUGCCUCUAUCCGUCUUAUCGCGCCUCCCACUGCUUCUCCAAAAGCAACUAGGUUCGAGGUUCGCGUACCCGGUGCAGACACAAACCCUCACUUCGUACUUGCAGCCAUAUUAGCGCUAGGCUGGCGAGGCAUUGAGAAGAAGAUGGAAAUCAGCAUACCGCCACUCGGCAAGGGCGAAGAUGUGGGCAGUGAAACCGACAAGGGCGAGCGACUGGCGAAGAGCCUAAAGGAAGCAACUGAGCGCUUUAUGCGCAAAGAGAGUGUCGCCAGAGAAGUGUUUGGCGAUCAGUUUGUCGACCACUUUGGUGGCACAAGACAACAUGAAAUCAGACUGUGGGACGAAGCAGUCACCGACUGGGAAGUCCGAAGAUAUAUCGAGACUGUCUAAGAGACGGGAAGAAAUGAAUAACUCAAUGACACGACUUGUCCAUAGCGCAGAACCCUUUCUCCAUUGGAUUACUGGAUACCUUAGAUACCA